ACGAGAGGAGAUCUGAAUCGUGUCUCUUUAAAGCCACUUAGCGAAGCGUUGCCUGUUCGAAAAAAAGGACGCCGACGUCUUUCCCAGAAGCCGCAGCGCACGCGCGCGCGCACGCACGAGCAGCCUUCAGGAAUGGAUACGUUCACGUUCAACUUACUCUCCGCUGGAUAAGAAACUCUUGUUGGGAAUCGGAUGCGUUUCGGUGGAUCUUGCGUUGAGGAAUCGCUUCGGAAAUAACAGCGCUUCCAGGCGGACCGUGUUGUGUCGGAAUGGUUUAAUGGAGUCUCUUCAUGGUUGCUUUACGCGUCUCUGCCGAUGAAACUUGCGUUACUAAAUUGUUUGACAAAUACGCGGAUGUUUUCCGGAUCCUUAUUUUGGUUUUUGUCACAUCGGCUCAUGCACUGGGUGGAAAAGAAAAGCAGCGCGAGCGUCAUGAAAUCCAACGCGCGCUACUCAGACACUGAUGUUGUUUUAUACGCUUGCAACAAAGUUGCAGUGCGAGUGCGAUUCACACCACUGUCAUUAAACAGCCAUUUUGCACCUGUUUAAACGAAGCGGAUCGCGUAACGCCGUGUUCCGACGCGGGCUCGGAUUAUAUUCGCCUCGACCUGCAUGGAUCAGAACAUUUGUUUAUCAUAUUACGGAGCUUUACAUCCAAGGUCACUGUAAAUUGUUUACCUAUCGCACACAGCCUUCGAUGUCUAUGGGUGUGUUUUAUUGAUCGGUGGGAAUCGAUUGGGUUUCACGUAAUCGAGUGUGGGUUUUCCGUCGAGGAGGAUUUUUAAAAUGGAAGGGAAAGUCAAGCAGAGUCGCAGAUCCAGGUCGCUGCGGGAGAGGGGACGGAAACGCGAGGCGGACGCUGGGGAAACCCGCGGUCGGAGCCCCUCGUCUGGUUCCGAACGGGAGCGGAGUCCCGGUAAAAACGCGCCGCCGCGUUCGACGUCCUCGAGCAGAGCCCCGCGACCCACCAGACGCAAGAGACGCGAGUCUGGUUCUCAAGAAGAGGAUAUUAUUGAUGGAUUUGCCAUUGCCAGUUUCGACAGUUUGGACCGUCUCGAGAACAAACAUGCUCCAUUAAAACUGGAAAAGAAAAGAUGGGACGAGAUCAUGGUUAAACGGCAGAAGGAGGUGGAGGAAAACGUGACCCCUGACAUAGACGAGAACGGCUUCGGCGAUCUGGCCACCAGCGUCGGGCAAAACCAGGAGCGAGUCAAAGAUCGACUGCUGAAGAACACGUACUCCAAGAAGAACAAACGGUCUAUGAGUCGUCUGAGCCAAACUGCGAGGAAAACGGAGGAACCGGAGGUGAACACCGCACAUAGGAGCAGCUCUAAAGAUCGGCUUAGUGAGAGCUCCACUCACUCUUUGUCAGGACGAGGGUACUCGUGUGACAGCGAGAGUGACAUCGAUGACAAGGUAUCUGAUGUAGGAUCAGAGAAGCUCUUCUCACCUACUGCACCAAAAGUUACAGCAACGGAUGAGAAUCUUGGGUCCAAAACUUGCAGCUCGACCAAAGUGUCCGGUCUUCAGCGAAGCCAGGAACAAAGUAACGACGUCUCGUUUGUCCCACCGAUCUCAAGUCCAACUCCAGCCUCGCCCCCUACGGGGUCACCUGCCCCUGCUGCUGCGGCAGCACCCCCGCCUAGACCACACCCUAUCUCCCCGAACCCUCUGAGCAUCAAGAAGGAAUCUCUGCCUCCGAUCCCCACCCCUCCCCUCCUGAGGAACCAGUCGCAUCCACAGGAGCACAGAAUCCCACCCCCAUCGCACCACAGCCGGCCAAUCAUUAGUCAUCAUCAUCAUCCUUCGCCGUACAGCAGUCUUCACGACAUCAGCAACAGCCCUUCUACUCUUCCUCCAAAGCACCACCUGCCUCACUCUCCUCAUCAUCAUCUCAGCAGUCUCUCGUCUCCUGCACCUCCACUGCCUCUCUCCCUAGCCGGAUUGCCCUCCUCUCACUACUCCCUUCACUCUCCCUCCCACUUCUCCAACCAUCCGGCCAUGUUUGCCACCCCUGCGACACUGCCUCCUCCGCCUACCCUACCGACCAACAGCCUGGUGGUGCCAGGACAUCCUGCCGGACCACCCUAUCCAGAUUUCUCAAGAGCGAGGCGAGAUGGGGCGUGCAUCAGAGAGCACGAUCUUCUGCGGCAGGAGCUGAACAACCGUUUCCUGGUACAGAGCUCGGAGCGUGGUCGGGGGUCAGCGCCAGGGGCGACAGGGUCGCCAUUGGCCCCUGUGUCGCUCCUCCGGGCCGAGUUUCACCAACAUCAGCAUAUGCACCAGCACCAACACACGCAUCAGCACACCUUCACGCCUUUCCCUGCCAGUCUGCCCCCAGCAGCCAUCAUUGGGCCGCCCACUGCACCUCCCAUGGUGCGUACCCCAGCCAGAAAUUUCGACAAAUACGCUCCAAAGCUGGACAAUCCCUUCUUGAGACAUUCAAAUUUCUUUCCUUCCUACCCGCCAGCAAUGCCAGGCAUGCCUCCGUUGCUUCCACAUUCAGGACCUUUCAGCUCCCUGCAAGGCGCCUUCCAGCCAAAGGCCUCGAACCCUAUAGAUGUUGCAGCACGUCCGGGUGCGGUCCCUCACACACUUCUACAAAAAGACCCAAGGUUAACAGAUCCUUUCAGGUCUUCAGUAAGAAAGCCUGGUAAAUGGUGUGCGGUGCAUGUUCAAAUCGCCUGGCAGAUCUACCAUCAUCAGCAGAAGAUGAAACAGAUGCACUUGGACCCCCACAAACUGGACAUGAAUGGAAAACUAGAUCUCUUUAGCCGUCCACCGGCCCCAGGUGUUUUCCCUGGGUUCCCCUACCCUCAUGAUCUGGCCAGACCCCUCUUCUCAUCAACGGGAUCGGGACAUCCGGCUGCUUCACCAUACGGGCCGUCUCCUCACCACGCUGGCUUCCUGCCUCCCAGUCAUUUGGCAGGUAAGUAUCCUUUCAGUCGCUCCAGUACCUUUGGCGGCCUCAGCAACCUUUCAAGCAGUGCCUUCGGUGGAUUAGGCAACCCAGCCCUCGGGGCUAACAGUGUAUUUGGGCCGAAAGAAGGUCCAGGGCUGCCUGGACUCAGUAGUCCCCAUCACGAUACCUGGAAUAGGUUACACAGGACACCACCCUCCUUCCCCACCCCUCCACAGUGGCCAAAAUCGACAGAUGCUGAAAGAAGCAGCUCUGCAAACAGUCACGACAGAGAUAGAGACCGGGAACGAGAGAAAGAGAAAGAACGAGAGCGAGAAAAAAGGGACUCUUCGGUUGGGAAAGAUGAGAAAGAUAAGGACAGAGAUUCUCUGGAUCGUAAUCGUCAUUCAAACCGCUCCUCUCCAGCGUCUGCUCCGGUUAGCUACCAGAUCAGCAGCCUAAUCCGCUCAAACAGUCAGAACUCCACCGACUCGGGCAGACACCGCAGCGGUAGUGCCGACCGCAACCGUGAGCCGGAGAAAGAGCUGUCGGACCGCCAACGAGAGGCAGCCAUGUUGGGAGACGUAAAGGUGAAAGAAAGUCGUUCUCCAAGCAAGGAAAUCACAGACAGACGAUCUUCAGAUGACUCAUGUAAACCCAUUCAGCGUUCACCAUCUCCAUACUCCAAAGGCAUCCUUAACGAUACAGGAAUCAAGCCUAUUCCGCCAUCUCUACCAGUUAAGGACAUUGACAGGGAUAGAAAAGAAACCAGCUCAGGUGAUCUGCCACACAAAGUGAAGAACGAUAUGAAGAUCAAAGAGGAGCGCAAAGAGGACUUGGACGUGAUGGUGAUUGGAUCUGAAGCACCACCUAAACCUCAAAUUCCUCUCCCACCUCAUCAGACCACACCUAUAGCAGCUCAUCACCACCAUUCACUCCCCCAUCAGCCUCCUCCACCUUCUCCUCGCUGUAGCGACCUUCCAACACCUGCUUCACUUCACGGAGUUCCCAUGCCACACUCAUUGCCUCUUUCUAUGAGUGCCAUGCACCAAAUGGGAAGUCUGAAUGUCUUGGAACGUACCCGUAUGGCACCCUUCAUGGGAGUCAGCCCUCUUGCAGCAGGUCGUGAUCGGCUUCCCCAUCCCGCAUUCACCUGGGAUCCUCUACGGGAGGCGUAUCGGAACCUCGACCUGCAGCGCCGCAUGGACUUCCAGCUUCGUUCUGAGCCAGGACAUCGAUUCCCUGGCGUCUACGAUCCAGAACGGGCCUAUCGGGAACGAGAGGCACACGACUACUCACACCACGAACACCUGCUGGAGGUUCGGCGGGAACAGGAGAGGUUGAGGCAACAGGCGGAAGAAAGGGAACGGUUGCACUUACGUGAGGAACUGGAUCGGGCAAGGCUGCACCAACUUCACCAAUCGCCCAUCGAAGGACACUUACCCCACAUGCCGCCAUUUAUGUCACACCUUGGUGGAAUGCCAUACCCAAGGCUUAGCCCUUCGACGGGACAUAACGGACUUCUUAACCGGACACCCCCAACUGCAGCACUAAGUGCUCCACCUCCUCUGGUACCUUCGGGCGCUGCGAGACCGGUGUCGCCGAGACGGACUACACCAAUCACCACCCAAGACCCCCGGGAGUACUCGCCAUCACGUAACCCCAAAGAAGUGGAGGCGCGGUAACGCACUAAGGAAAAUGCCUCCUUUGAGUUUGACAAGGGCAACAUGCACUUAUUUUCACACAAAGUAAAGUAAAUAAUAAAUAGAUAUGUGUAAUUUGUACAAAGAUUUGUACCUUGGAACAAGCACAUCACCAUGCUUUUUUUAAAUCGAUGUUGGAGGGAAGAGUUCGUAACUCCAGUUCUCAAACAGUAACUACCAACCAGAAAUUUGAUAUUAAUAUAUUAAUCCAAUGCCUUUUCAGUUUUUCAUGUGAAAAGAAAUUCUGAAAUUAGUUUGUACAUUUCCUACCCUUUUUCAUGUACAGACAUUUUUUAUGUAUUUGCAUAAAUUUCGUUUGUUUCCUGCCGUGUAUAUUUAUCCCGAGCUGCUAGACAUGGAUGUCUACAUAUCUGAAUUGGUAUGAUAUUACUGUUUGACAGUUGAUUUGCUCUAUGGUACCUGGAGAUACUCGAUGCUGACCAUGUACAAAGUUAAAUUUGGGAGAUUUUUGUUUGAUUAAUUUUUUUUUUUGAGAUAUGCAGACAAAUGUAUUACAAUAUACUUGUUCGAUUUAUGUAAAGUUUAAAGAUAUUGUAAAUAUCUUGUUGAUAUAACUUGGAACGAAAUACAUUGUACAUUUGUUAGGCUUUUUAAAUGUUUCUAAAAAACGAUGAAAUAAAACGGAACCACUUCCAGGUUGAAGCCAUGGUGAUGCAGCUGUCUAAAAGGAAACGAGUUAAAAGGGGGUUAGGUCAUGGUGAUGCAAUCUAUGCAAAGAGGAUAAAGAGAUUUCUGAUUGGACGGUUAUCAGAAUGGAAGCUACAGAGAGAUCCUGGAUCAUUGAGUUUUCCAAUGAAGAGCCAAUGAAACAAACAACUAUAAACUUCCAGGUCAUAGAUGAACUGCUUUAGCAGAGUAACUGUUCUCCAGCCACAAAACAUGGACAUCUGAGAAAGAUAUUAAAAUGGUUGAGGUGGCAAUAGACUCUUUCUGUCGACCUUGUGGUGUUGUGCAGUUGUUUUUCUUAGACUCUUGUAUACAAAACAAGUAGAGCUUUAGGCGUGAAAAAAUGAAAAUGAACAUUCAUGGUUAAAAAUGUAUGGAAUAAAGGUUGGUCCUUAUAUCUGCA